CUAAAUCUCUCAGGACAUCGAAAAGCGCUUCCUGUGGCAGGGGCGCUUUUUUCAGCACCACAGCGGAAACCAGUGGGUGUUAGCUGACUGACGUUAGCAAGCGACAACUCCGAAGUCAGCCGUGGGUUCUAUGGAAGAGAUGUCAGGAGACAGCGUGGUGAGCUCGGCAGUGCCGGCAGCUACAACCAGGACUACAUCCUUCAAAGGUUCCAGCCCCAGUUCCAAGUAUGUGAAGCUAAAUGUGGGUGGAGCGCUGUACUACACUACAAUGCAGACACUAACAAAACAGGACACCAUGCUUAAAGCUAUGUUCAGCGGUCGGAUGGAGGUGCUCACAGACAGUGAAGGUUGGAUCCUAAUAGAUCGCUGUGGAAAACACUUCGGAACAAUCCUUAACUACCUUAGGGAUGGGGCGGUCCCACUCCCAGAGAGCCGGAGGGAAACUGAAGAGUUACUCGCAGAGGCCAAGUAUUACCUUGUCCAAGGCUUGGCUGACGAAUGUUCAGCAGCUUUGCAGAAGAAAGAAUCAUAUGAACCUCUUUGUAAAGUGCCUCUAAUGACGUCAUGUAAGGAAGAGCAGAGACUCAUUGCCACCUCUAACAAGCCUACUGUGAAACUACUGUACAACAGAAGCAACAAUAAAUAUUCCUAUACUAGCAAUUCUGACGACAACAUGCUGAAAAACAUCGAGCUGUUCGACAAGCUGUCGUUGCGGUUCAACGGUCGCGUCCUCUUCAUCAAAGACGUGAUAGGGGAUGAGAUCUGUUGCUGGUCCUUUUAUGGCCAGGGUCGGAAGAUCGCAGAAGUGUGUUGCACUUCUAUCGUUUACGCCACAGAAAAGAAGCAGACCAAGGUUGAGUUUCCCGAGGCGCGCAUCUACGAGGAGACCCUCAACAUCCUUCUGUACGAGUCCCACGACGGUCGGGGUCCAGACAACGCUUUGCUGGAAGCCACAGGCGGCGCCGCGGGACGAUCCAGCCAUCUGGACGACGACGAGGAGCCCGUAGGAAGAGUCCGUAGGAUUCACGUGAAACGGCCCGACGACCGCACCCACCACCACCAGUGACGUCCCCGUCCUCUCGACCCGCGUCUCUGCGUCAUGCUUGUGCCUUACAACACCAAGCAAACCGCUCGCCCUUUUCACGUCCCGUUUGCUUUUACCGGCUUCUCUAAGAGACCGCUUUGAGUGUGAUGCAACUUUUCUUAGUGGUGAUUUCUGUUUCCGUGUCUCAUUUUAGUUGUUUAUGCCGUCAGGUUGCUUUGUCAUGUCCAAAAUGACCUUUAUCUACAGCCCCUCACACGGUGUUUGCCUUCAGCAGAACAAGGUCUCACCAGUCAGCCUGUCUGUGCAGCUUUCUUUCGUCGGCGUGAAUCUGUCGUUUAGGAGUCCGAGCUCCGAGACGCGCAGCAGAACAAGGUGUAAACGGUGUAAUCAGAGAGAUGUAGGUGGUUAUAGGCGUUAUACUGCAAUGCGACCACACGAUGGCACUGUUUUAGUCCUGAAACGUUACCGUGGCUAUUUUACAGCCUGUUGAAUAGCUAUUAAAACUUUAUUAAAAAAAAAUGCUUUUUAUGUUGUUAUAUCACAGAAGAAGGCAACAUUUCACUCCUGUGCAUAUACGUGAUUAAGUUAGGAUUUAUACAUAUCCCUUCACUAUAAACGUUUAAAAAAUUUUUUCCAGUGGAGGCGGACCUGAUCUGUGUCCCAAGGUGUUAAAUGUACUGAGCUGAUGGAAUGAUGUCUGCUGAGGUUUUGGGUGAAUGAGUGUAACCGGAGAGCUGCCCGGCAGGAAGGGGAUGCCUGUCUACAAGCGCUUAACAGCGAGGGGAAUUAGACCUGUCCAUCACUGCAUUCAUCAGAGGAUAUAGUCUUUGCACACUAUUCAGCUCAAGGCAAGCAUUGAUUUUUUUUUUUUUUUUUAGCUCCGUUGUACAGAAGUGAACAAAUAAUGUUUUAUAUUUAUAUAUACUUUAUCACAAAUAAAUUUCUAGACGCA